AUGAGCUCUCCGAUUGAACCCCAAAACAUAAAUGCCCCUACUUCAAGCAAUCAAGGGAUUUCCGAAAUUGCCACUCCCACUUCGAUGUCGGGUACGGACAACAAUGUCAACUAUCGACACCUCAUGCACGAAGCAUUGUAUGGGUGUUAUCGUCCCUCGCAGAGAGAAGCGACUGCUAUGAUGGAUGAGCUGGUAGGUACCUCAUCCCCCGAAGUCAAUGAUGGUCUGGAAGAUAUCAGGAAGGAGUGGCGCGAGAUCUCGCAUAAUUCUCAAGAUGCGCCAAACGAAUCAAUCAAGUUGGACGCGAGACGAAGGAAGUGGAUGGAAAUAUAUGAGAGAACACAUGAUCUCACUGAUGAUGAAAAAACCCUCUUAAGGGCGAUUCACGAAUGUUCUAAACCCGACAGGUUAUCGUAUAAGAGCAGAUUUAUGGAAGGGAUGAAGUUGAAUCCUACGACGGAAAAGACAGACGAACGUACAAAGGCUGUGAGAUCAGCUUUCAUUACCAUCCAGGAGGAUGUGGGUGGAGCCAAGGUGAAAAAUAGGGAGAGAAGAAAGAGAUGGUGGGAUGUGGUAGGGUCAAAAGAUGAACGAAGGACUGAUCAUGGGCAUCAACUCGAAAGACUUCACAGUCAGAAUACCAGUCAUAUCGAGAAAAGAGCCAACGAUUCCUCCAAAUCAAUCUUGGCUGAAAAUAUCAAGCGCUACAAGAGUGGGCUUUGUGUUCUUACUCGAACAAAAAGUGGGCCAGAUGAAGAUGAUUCUAUUUAUUCCGAGACCAUGAUCCUACCUGGUCAGAGCGAAGAUGAGAGUGAUAAAUCCGAAUAUCGCAAAUCUAUAGAAGAGAGAAUUCAAAAUGCCAUUUAUAUCAAUACCAGGCCGGAUGGUGAGAAAGCUGUCCAAGAGGUAGAUGAAAUCCUCUCCAAUGGUCAAAAUGAGAGUUCAGAGAACAUUGAUGAUUUACGAACUCUCUGGGGUAAAGUAUCCGGGUAUGGUACGGAAAAGCGAUACGACGCAAGAGAAAGACAAAACAGAUGGCAGGAGUAUAUGCGCGAAGUCGACAGUGCUUUGACCAGUGAGGCCGAACAACACACAAGCACGAUAGCUGAGGGAACAAACUCAUCCGCAUCCGAAGCUGAAGUCACCAACAGUACAGAUGAAGAGGAUACGAAAGCCACGAAGGUGAUCGCAGCUCGAGUGUAG